AUGUCGUCCAUAUCAAUGCUCGUGACCGAGCUCCAAGCGCUCUCCUCCGAAACGCGGCGCAAACACCCAGACGUCUCCUCCGCCUCCGAGCGCGCGCUCUCCCUCCUGCGCACCUCCUCCGCCUCGUCCACCCCGCCUCUCUCCCUCGACGCCCAAACGCUGCUAGCACCCAUCCUCCUCGGCCUACAAACGCGCCAAGCGAAACCAGCCGCGCUAGCGCUUGCCGCGCUGCAGCGCGCCGUGCUGCUCAAGCUCGUCCCGUCCCAACACGUGCCCGCGCUGCUGAGCGCGCUGAACGACGCGGCGGGCGGGACGGCGGGCGUGGACAUCCAGCUGCGCGUGCUCCAGACAUUGCUCAACCUCCUCACGGCGUACAAGGACAUCUACGGCCCCACGCUCGCGUCCGGCCUGCGCGUCGCGUUCAAGCUGCACGAGUCGCGCACGCCCGUCGUCGCGAGCACCGCCGCGGCGACGCUGCGCCAGCUCGUGAUGCACGUCCUCGAUAAGCUGUCGUCCGCGCCGAGAUCGAGUGAGCUGGAUAGUGCGGACCCGGAGAUGCAGCCGACGAUGCUGGCGGAUGGGAGCACGGUGUUGCUGGGCAGCGCGGAGCGGGACGCGCACGCGCUCGUCAUGGAUCUCUGUCUGCUGAGCCACGGCGAGCCCGCCGUAUUCCUCGGCAUCCAAACUCUGCCCCGCACAUUCGCGCUCGAGCUCGUCGAGUCCGUCUUAACAAACUACGCGCCGACCUUCCUCUCGCACGCGCCCCUCCUCCUCCUCCUCCGCGCGCACCUCUGCCCUACGCUCCACCGCGCGCUCGCGGCGGAGAAGCCCGGCUUCGCGCUCACGGUGCGCGCGACGCGCGUCGUGUUUCUGCUGCUGAAGCAGUUCAGCCGCGAAUUGGAGGCGGAGGCGGAGGUGUUCCUCGUGCUCCUCACGCGCUCGGUCGGCGGGGAGGAUAACGAGGAGCAUGCGUACCGCGGGAAGACGCCCGUGUGGAUGCGCGUGUUGGCGCUCGAAGUCGUGCGGGGCCUGUGCGCGGACGGCGAGCUUAUGCGCGCGCUGUAUAUGCGCUACGACGGCGCUUCUACUCCUGCUGCGGCAGCUGAAAGCGAAGCGGACGGGCCGAGAGUCGUCGCACCGCUCGCGGCGGCGCUGCACAGGCUCGUAUCGGAGAAACCGGCGCUGCUAGGUGUAUGCGCCGCGAUGCUCGGUACGGGCUCUGACGAAGGAGCUCCAAGCGGAGGUGGUGGUGGUGGGGUGGCGGGGAUGGUUAGUGGUGUUGUUGGUAUGAUGGGCGGGGAGGGCGAGGUUGGGCUGAGCGUUGAAGUUGGUAUGAGGGUCCAGUGCAUCGAUCAACUGGAUAAAGCCGACGCGCCGCCUAUACCCGAGGCGUACCCGUAUCUGCUCGGCACACAGGCGCUCGUGGCGCUCGUCGAUGCGCAGGCGUCGUAUGCUCUACCCAUAUACAACCAGCUCUCCCUCGCGCGCCCCCGCGAACCAGGCGACCCCGCCCAACGCGCACCACCCGCUCUAGACCCGACAACGCUCCCCGCGUCCGAACCCUCCAAAGCCGGCCUCUGCGCAACCCGCGGCAUCCUCCAAACAACAUCCCCCGCCCUCCUCCCCGCCCUCUCCUACCUCCUCACAACAUCCCUCUCCGCCACCCUCUUCGGCGACGUCCUCUCCGCGCUCUCGUCCCUGACCACCCUGUCCGGCUCAUUAUCCCUCCCCGAGCUGCGCGACGCGGCCCUCGCCGCGCUGGCGCACACGGGCGUCCCGCCGCGCGUACGCGCCGCGCUCGACUCUUCCUCGGACAGUUACUUUGCGAGUCAACAAGGCGGCGGGGGAGGAGGGGGGAGUACAGCGACACCGCGCACGGCGAGCUUUAGCGAGGCGCUCGGCAUGGCCGUCGGCCUCUCGCCCGCCGCGUCGACCAAAAACCUCCCCGGCGACGGCGCGGUGCUGGGCGAGCGCAAUCUGGCGUGUUUAAGGGCGCUCGUUGGGUGCGCGGCGAGGCUGGCGGGCGGGCUGGGCGGGAGCUGGGGGCGGGUUUUGGAGGCGGUGCAGGUUGCUGAUGGGGCGCUUGAGCGGGGGAGGGGGACGGGGAGUGCGAGUAGGAGGGCGAGCUAUGCGGUGGGGCAUGGGCCGAGUCGGAGCGUGAGCAUGAGCGGGGUCAAAGUUGAGGAUGCGCGGGAGAAGGAGAGGAAAGCGCGGCAUCCGAUGCUCGACGGCGCGGACCCCGAGAACGUGCGCGCGGCUAUGGACAGGCUGUUCGACGCGUCUACGACGCUCUCGGACGACGCGUUGACUGCGUUUAUAAACGCGCUGUGCGCAUUGUCCGCGUCCAACGUCGACGUUCUGGCUGAGGCGGAGUCGGUGGGGUAUGAGCUGGAUGCGGGGGGUAGUAUGUUGAGCGUUGAUGAGGGCGGAGAGGCAGAGGGAGGGGAGGGAGAGAGUACGCCUAGUGCGAGCGCUAGUAUGACCAGCCUCGGUCUCGGUCUCGGUUCGGGGGCGGGGCUGGGCACGCCUACGCCCAAACCGCGCCGCCCACACAUUGGCGGCGGCGGCGGGGGAGGGAGAGGCGACGAGUUCGCUCUCAGCCGACUGGGCCGCAUCGCGCAGCUGAACAUAACGCGCCUCGUGUACCGCCCGCCGGGCGUCGCGUGGGACCCGCUCACGGGGCACCUGUUGAGUGUGGUUAAGAGUGCGGCGGGGAAGGGCGUGCGGGUGCGCGCGGCGGGGGUGUUGGAUGAGAUAAUCGUGACGGUGGCGCGGACGGCGGGCGCGAUGAAGAACGAGGACGAUCGGCGGGGCGUGCAGGGGCGCGUCGUGGGCGUUUUGGGCGAGCAGGUCAUGGGCUUGGGCCGGUCCAGUUCGUCUUCGAUCGCAGGCCACGAAUCGAGCGCGGACGUCGAGAUCAGACGCAUGGGGCUCGAGAGUCUGCACGCGAUAUUGCAGGCGUCGGCACAUACGCUUCUUACGGGCUGGGACACCAUUUUUGAGGUGCUGGCUUCUGUGUGUCGCCCGCCGUCAGAAUCGCAAGUUCAGCCUGGGAUGCCGCCGAUCAAGCGGUCCAUGUCGCUCGCAAGCACAAGUACGUUCGCGGAGACGAUGACGGACGAUAGUGCGCCGCCGAGUCCUGUUGCGCGUACCGGGACGCUCGGGAUGAAGCGGCCGCCACCGCUUGGAGGGGCGAAUGAGCGGGGGUACAGCGCGCUGAUCAAGAGCGCUUUCCAGUCGCUCACACUCGUGUGCGACGCACUGAGCGUCCUCUCGCCCGACCAGCUCCGCCUCUGCAUAUCAACCCUCGGCGCCUUCGGCCGCCAAGCGGACACCAACAUCGCGCUCACCGCCGCCGAGUCGCUCUUCUGGGGCGUCUCGGACGCGAUCCAGGCCGCGCGGCGCACGCCCGCGUCCGAGCCGGCGUACAGCGCGCUGUGGAUGCACCUGCUGCUCGAGCUCGCGGCGCUGUGCAGCGACGGGCGGCCGAGCGUGCGCGGCGGCGCUAUCCAGACGCUGUUCAGGACGCUGCAGCUGUAUGGCGGGACGCUGAGCCCUGGGACGUGGAGCGAGGUUUUGGAGGGCGUCGCGUGGCCUUUGCUGGGGGAGCUCGAUAGGCGCAUGCGGGGGGCCGACGGGCCGAAGGACGCCACCGCGUGGGCGGAGAGCAAGGUCGUCGCGCUGCAGAGCUUGGGGGGCAUCGUGGCGGAGUUCUUGAAGGAGAAGCUGUUAAGGUUGCCAGAUUUCGAGGGCGCGUGGGCGAUGUUUGUGCGGCAGGCGAGGGACGCGUUCGUGAGGGACGCGACGCCCGUGCCCGCGCCGGCGCUGCGGUGUUUGGAGCGGGCUUUGCGGGCGGCGGCGGGGGCUGUUGAGGGUGCGGACGAGGAGGGGAGGAGCAGGAUCGAGGGCGCUGCUGAGGAGGCGUGGGGCGCUGUGGACGCUAUGGGCGCGCGGCUCACUGAUCCCGAGCCCGACGACGCGCCGCCGCUCACGCAGGACGCGCUCGUCGCGCUCAUAGACGUGAUAUCGGCCACACGGUCCAUAUCACGUGCGCUCUCCGCGAACGAAGAAGAGUGGUCUUUGCCGCGCCUCACGCGCGCACUCGCUAUUAUCAAAGGCGCGCUCACCUACACCCGCAGCCCCGAUUUCCGCGCGGACGUGGAUGCGCUGGCGCCGUUGCAGCUUGUGGUGCUGGACGCUGCGAUGGCGUUCGAGGCGCAGAAGGUCGAGGGCGCGCCGAGCGUGUUGAUCGGUGAUAUCGCAGAAUAUGCCACGUUGGCGUUUUUGGGAGCGUUCGAUGCGCCGCCGCCGCCGCAUGUGCAGGUUCAAGGGCAGGCGGGGGCGAAGGGAGGGCUGAGGGUGACGUACGUCGCGCUCUGCAAGAAGGCGCUCCCCUUGCUCGUGCAGCUGUUCGGGCGCUUCAAAUCGGACCCGCUCAUCUGGUCGGAUGGGACGCUGGAACGCGUGUUGGCGGCGUUGGCCAUACCUAUCAAGUUGCGCUACGAGUGUCCGGCGGCGUUCAAGUAUGCGAGGGGAGAGGAGGAGAGGAGGUCGUUGUGGAAGAGGGCGACGGAGAGCUUUUUGGCGAUUGUGAGGGAUGUUGCGGGGAGUUUGGAGGGGUUGGAGGGGAGGGUUGAGAGGGAGAGGGUGGAGGGAGUUUGGAGGGCUGUUGUGGAUGGGUUCCGAGGGGCGAUUCUGGCGGAUUGCUCGCCCGCGGAUGCUUUCCCAUUUGCCGAACAAGAAGAAGAGGCCAUGUUCGAUCUCAGACUUGUCGCGGCGCUUGAAGCAGAUGUUGUCCCGCACCUCGGCGACACACGGAUCCCUGACGCGCUCGUCUCGCACCUAGCGCGUAUACUUGCCCAAGGAAGCAAGUUGAGAUCUUCGGAGGACGAAGAAGACACCCCGAUCUUGCAACAUCCUGCUGCGUCCAAGACCUCUGUGACGAGCAUAGAAAGCGACGACGAAGCGCAGAUUAGUAGGGGCAGAGCCGUCGCGGCGCGUGAGAGAUUCGCGUAUUGGUGCUUCGAUCUGUUAUUCUUGAUAUCUUCGGACGUACAGAAAGACAAUGAGACCGCUCGAAGACGCGUUGCCGCGUUAUCGCUGCCCGCGCUGUUGGAUCACGCCAGAAACACGCUCGACGCGUUCGUUGCGGAUGCGCAGGUUCGUGGGACAUUGCCCUUCCCAAGGGCCCGAGAGGAAGAGCUCUUAUAUGUACUUGAGAAGAUACUCGCGCUCAAGCUUUGGCCCGGUUCGUUCGCUUCUUCUGCGGCGAGUCGGGGCGGAGAGGACGCUUCACCAAACCCCAUCUCAACCGCCAUCAGCGCUUCACCUCGCGCACACCUCUUUGCGCUUUACACCCCCCUCGUCGAGAUAGCAGCACACCAACGCCCUCCCCCGGCAGGCUGGGCGCGCGCCGAACGCGUCCUAUCUUCUCCUUUGAUCGCCACGCCGCCCGCCACACCUACGCGCACGAGGACGAGAGUAGGAAGGAACAGCGAUGAUGAAGGGGAGAUUGUGCGGAGAGAUGCGAGGGAGCUCGCGAGGGAGUGUUUGAGGGCUGUGGGGAGGGAGAUGGGUGUGCCGGCGUAG